AGAAACCCUUACAGCUGUUUUAUUUGUAAAUAUGCCUGUUGGGCUGUUUAACCGUUUGUUGUUACAUAUUAAAUGAAUUGAAGAUGACUUUUCUAACAAAUAAAACUCUUGCUAAAAUCGCAGUUUAUGGUGCUAUCGGUUCCAUCUCAGCUGUUAUGUAUAUGAAGUAUAGAAUUGAAGAUCGCAUACGAAAUACUGAUUACUAUCAUUUAGCAGUACAGACUUUAAGACAACACAAAGGUGCUGUAAGUUUAUUGGGCGAACCCAUAAAGGAAUUAGGUUUCGAUUUAAGUGACAAAAAAAAUUCUUGUGAUGGUCAAAAAGCGCAUUUCGAAAUAAAAGUUAGAGGACCGCAAGAUCGUGGUACAAUAUAUUUUUGGGCAACUCGCACUGAUAAUCAAGGUUGGAUCUUAGACCGUCUUGACUUGGAAGUUAAAUCUCAACCAGAUAAACGAUUUCUAAUAAAAAAAUCAGUGAAUGAAGGAAUGGUAGAUUAAUAGAGUAAAGUAAAUUUAAAAACACCAAAUAUCAAUUAGCAUAUAUUUUAUAUUUAUUAUUAACACAAUUCUUAUAAAAAUGAAGUCAUUGCAUUUGAACUGGUG